AAUGUUGACACCUGUCAUGCGGUCAUAUGUGCAGUGACAGCUGAACAAACUAUAUCAAAGUACAAAAACAAAAAAAUGCUGAUGAAAAAAUGCCGUAUUUAGGAAACUCAUGAAUAUUAUUGUAAGCUUAGAGCUCUAAUAGUAAUUAUGGCAACUCAAGACAAGCUACAGAAAUCCUUGGAUGCUUUGAAAAACCUCUCUAAAAACCUGCAGCCUGAUACCAUAAAGAAAAAAGAAAAAAUACAACACUGCUACACGAUAACAGAUGCUAUCUCAAACCCUACAAUCAAAAUAUCGCCCAGUUUUCAAAACCUGCUAGGCUCUACAAUUCAGACGUUUUUGAACUUGUGUGAUGAUCCUGAUGCGGAUAUCCGCAUGACUAGCGAGGAAUGCCUGAACCGAAUUAUCAGGGCGUUGAGUGAUCACAUAGGGAGGAUUCAAAUUGAGCUACACAAAGAAAUCAAGCAAAAUGGAAAUGCCAAGACCCUUAGGGCAGCUUUGUGGUUAUUUUCUGUAAUGGCAUAUCAGAUAAAACCCCAAAAAGGCAAAAUAUAUGUAACAAAUUUAUUUCCAAGUAUCAUGAAAAUCACUGAAAGAACUGAAGAGUCCAUACAUGAAACAUUGGCUGUGAGUUUGCUGAAGAUAAUGAAGGCUUUGGGAUGUUUCACAUCUGAAAAUGAAAUUAGGGUUUUGCUAAAAGCGUUUCUCAAAAACAUAGGAAACACCUCACCAGUAAUAAGAAGGACCACAGUAACUUCAAUCCUAGCUAUUAUUUUGAAUUGCAAGAAACCUUCCCUCUUCAUAACACGCUGUUUAAACUAUCUUCUUGAUAUCUUGGUACCAGUAAAUGAAACUCAAACUACCCAUAACAUACUAGGAUUUAUGCUUUGUAUGAAAUCUUUACUUCCACAUAUAUCAUUUGCCAGAGAUGACCCGGAUAUACCUUCUGAAAUGAUCACUCAAAAACUCUUGCAGGUAUUUGAAUUGUGUGACCAUUAUCUUACACACAAGGAUCACAAUGUUGUAAACGCAUGUCUUGAGACGCUGAAUGUGUUGCUUCAAAAUUCCACUUCAGAAGUUCAGAAAAAGCUGCUCAGUGAUAAAGGAUUAGGCGUGUCGAAAAUAUUCAAUUCUGCAAUAAGAAAUAGAUCACCAAGUCAACUGAGUAUAACUACAAAUACAACAAUGGGCGAUGAAAGUGUCUUCUCAGAAUCGGAAUUAACCGAAACCAUCCAUACUGACAUUGAAAAAUGGAUAGACGAAUCCAAACUGUCUGUGAUGAACAUAAAUUUUGCAAAGACCAUCAGCAAAUCUCAAUCCUUAGAGAAAAUAGAUAAUUUUCUACCGGAGGACGAUUGUCACGGUUAUGGUUAUCAGAAAAUGAACGAAUUGGGCGGCGAAAAGUUUGUCAGCAAAUUAAAGACGCAUAGUGUGGGAGAAGAGCUAGAAGCGUUGACUAUCAGCGAAAACUCGUCUGAAAAGAGUUGUUCGGAAGAGAAAGCUGUAUCUGAAGAUGAAGCACAGGAAAUCGAUGUAGGCAGCAUAUACGACAACCACCCGCUUCUCCACCUUAUCCGUCUGAUCUGCAAACAGUUCCUGCUGACAGGCACCCCCGGCAAUUACAUCCCGGACAAAACAGUGAGGGUAUCCGUCAAGCACUUAGCCUUAACCUGCCUCUCGACGUGUUUUCGACUCUGCCCCACAGGCAUGUUCGUCGCGUUGGACAAGAGCGGCGGCCAAUCAGAGAGCAGGAAGACCUGUCAAGCUGUCGGCGAUCUUCUUUUGUUCCGCGGCCACUGCGAUCCGCAGUUGAGGGGCGCGGUGAGGAUGUUGCUGGGCGAGUUUGCGAGGACUGUGAGUACUCAAGGUGGUAAAGACGGGUAUGAGGGGUGGAUCGAGAGGAACGCCGGGGAUAGAGGGGAGGCGUUUUCGGUGCAGAGAUUGGCUGAGAUAUUUUUGGAGGGUUUAACUGAUGAGUCUUCCACCUGCAUUCGACAGACCCUGAUAAGUUUAGAAAUCAGUUUAGGUCAUCUUUUGGCGUCAAAAAAUAGUUCUGCGAUGUUACCGGUCCUCGAGCACUUACCUCUUCUGGCAAAGAAUCCCUACUGGCUGGUUAAGGUGGAGCUAUGUGAAUUGGUGUCGAAAAUAGAUUAUAUCUCGGUACAAUUUGUGACGAAUAGCAGCGACUUUCAGCAAAAAAUUAUAUACAAUGUACUGUUUGAGCUCUUGGAUGAUUCAGAUCAGCGCGUCAGAACGGCCGCAGGAAACGCGAUUGUAAAGAUAAUACCGCAAUUAUAUUUUGCCGAAUACAGGGUGAGAGAAGAUGCUGUCACCACAAAGGCUGUGUUACAAACGGAAAAUUUAUUCGAAUGUUUGAAAGAAUCCGGUUCAGAUACAAGCGUAAAUCGGAAGAACUUCAUAAGACAAAUGCCUUUUCCGUUCAAUGAAAUGUUGCAAAAGCCUUGCAGAAGAAUUGAAUUCUCGCUGUCAAAAAUACUCGUGAAAUUGUGUAACUUUGUUUUGACAUCGACGUCAAAACACCUCAUCAGCGGCAGCUUAGAAACAUUGUCUUACCUCUCGAAGACGUAUCCAUGUACAGUGUACAGACACGCCUGGUGUACCAAAGAUUUCAAAAAAACUGAAGACAUUACCAAAGAAACGUUACCUGAUCUACUGAAGAUGUGCGUCAAUAUGUUCGCAAGUUCUACUCACAUCUACGAUAUCCAAACCCACAUGAAGGUUUUGGACCUCACCGCAAAUUUAUAUGCAGGCAAUUCCUUGGCCUUGAUUGGCCCCCACGUCGACUCGGAAUUCACUCCUCUCGUCUGGGCGAUGUUCUCCAGCGAAUCGUUCGGCAACCUUUCUGAACAGUACCUCACGCAUAUCGUCAAACUGUUGAACAUUUUUAAUCACGUGCUGAACGAACUGACGCCGCUACCUCCUCAAUCGAAAACGAUAUUGCCGAGUCUUCCGCCCGCGGCGAAUUUGUCGCCGAUCAAAAGGAGAAAGAGCGAUUUGGACAAAAAAAUGCUGACCACGUUGAAGAGUGAGAAGGACGAAAGGAAUGAGAGGAGGGAUGGCAUGAAGAGCACUUUGGGGAGUUUCGUGCAGUCCUCGCAUUACAUGAGGGUUUUCGAGGGGUUGAAAGGGGCUUUUAUGAAUUAUAAGAUGUCCCUGGAUACGGAAUCAUCACACACAUUCGUCGACCUCAUGGUAGCAACACUAAGAAACAUAUCCGUUUUGAUGGAAGUCGGCUCUUUAACCGAGUUCAGUAGAGUUUCCGAAGAUAUCCUGAGCUACUUUCGGUCUACUUUCACGGUAAAACCUUCAGCGACUGUGGAGGGCGUACAACAGUUAUUGAAGUGUCUUUUUGGAACCAAUUUGGCAGCGAACAUCGCAGAGCUGAGCACAAAUAGGAAGGAAGAUGAUGAAAUUGUUGAAGGUUUCCAUUACAACGUGUAUCACAAACCGUACAGCUUUGUGACCCAACAUGUAUAUCUGUUGGAUAAUAUUUCCCGAUUCGGAUUAGACGAUGACAGCACAGUGAUGGGAUAUUUGCAUCGAAAAGAUGUCAAAAGGCGAUCUGUAAUUUUAACGAAGAGCUCUGACAAAAUUCUAGCCACCUACAUCCGAAUUUUCGAACCUAUGGUCAUCAAAUCACUAAGGCAAUAUACGAUAACUAGUGAUGUGGAGUUGCAAUGCCAAGUACUUCAGUUGCUGAGUCAGUUAGUUCAACUACGUGUGAAUUACUGCUUACUAGAUUCUGACCAAGUGUUCAUCAACUUUGUUUUGAAGCAGUUCGAGUAUAUCGAAGAGGGACAAAUUCCGCAUUCUGAUGAAUUGAUACCAAAGAUAUUCCAGUUCCUCGUACAGUUGUCUUAUAGUAAACAACACUCAAAAUGUAUAAUAAGUGUUCCAAAAAUUAUCCAACUUUGUGACGGCUUGAUGGCCAGUGGUCAACCGGCUGCCACACACUGUAUUCCUGCUUUAGAACCUAUAGUAGACGACAUUUUCCUCACCAGAAACAAAUCGAACACGACUGAUAUGAAGGAACUAGAAACUACUAGAGAGGUUGUGCUAUCGAUGCUUUUAAGACUGACAGGCCACAAGCAAGUGAUGGAUCUAAUAACGCUGAUCUUAGAAGACAGCAAGUAUUGUAUAGACAACACCGAAAAGUGGCAAGAUUGGUCAACGAGAGUGUUUUCGGUGCUGUUGCCGCUACUCAAACAGAACAAACUAAAGAUGAGCAAUCCUGAGGAGUUUGUGGCUCUAAAAGGUCUCAUAAUGGCUCUCAAUCCCGAAGUCUUCCAUCCAUUUGACGAAAUCACGGUUACGUUCUUUCAAGAACCACCUCGGGAUGCAGAUAUAUCAGUGUUCAACAGUUGGCUGGCCAAAGUGCAGAUACUUCUCAACGUCCUCAGUCCACUUAAAGAAGACACGCUGUUAUCGAAAAUUGAAAAACUGAAAUCCGAGUUUUCUCCAGCCAGCAUUUUUGAAAACGUUACAACCAAGGCGGACCCGCUAAAUGUUAAUAACAAUGCAGAAACAUUCCAGAAUAUCCGGGCGGAAUUUAUAUUUGUCAGAUUUCUAUUGAGGAUCAUAUCUCUGAGUGCUAAGAAGUGUUUUGAGGUCAUUCAGAAUCAGGAAGGCGGAUUUCUGAUGCAGCAGGUGUCAGCGUUUUUGAUGCAUAGUCUAUACAUAUUUCAAUCAGGAAAUCAUUUGAAGAUAACAAAAACAGCUAUCCGUACAUUGAUGGAAAACACACCUCGUGAUCAGCAAAACAUCGUACAGGUCAACGAAAUUAGUGAGAUAUUUUUAAGUUUAAGUAACUUUUAUCCAGUAUUAAGCUGUCAGUGGUGUUGUGUAUUGGCUUCAGUCAAUUAUUUUGACGAGAAGUUGAAUUCCAUGGUAUUUGAAGAUGAUCCAAAGGAUGCUAGGGUUAGGACCAAGAAGUCGAUCGAUAGUGAGAUCGUCAAAGCGGGAGCUGCAAUUUGUUUCUGUGAUUAUUUGACUGAAAAUUCGACUGAGACAAACCUGGCUGUACAGUUUUUGAAAGGAAACUCAAAACUUCUAGUCAUGUUAUAUGAAGAACCACCUGCGCAAGAGUUUAUAUCGUUUGUCCAUAGAGAUGCCGUCCUCAGCAAACUUUUCAUAGAAGAGUUAUCUCGACAGAUUUGCGAUAUUGAUCCCCUUGUCGAUAAAAUGAGAUUCCUGAGAAGCAUAGAAAACUGCCACUCUUCGCAAAUCGGGGCCGUUUUGAAACUGCUUGUUCCGAAAAUCUUGAAUUUUCAUCAAGCGGUCGUGUCCAGACUCGCUGCAAAUAUGGCUAGUCGAAAAGUGGAAAUAUUAUUGACUCUAUCUCCAGAAGAAGUGAAACAGCUGUUAUCAAAAGAGGAUCUAGAACGGAUACAGAAGAGUUUGAUUGAUUUGAAGUUAGUGAGAAGGCACGAAGCUCUCGUCAGCCUGCUCAAUAAACUGACGCAGUUCUACAAACUUCCGCCGAUCGAGUUCGAGCAACGACGCACGGUUAACGCGGAGCACAUAAAAACGCUGAAGAUCAACAAAAAGUGGUACCUGUCCCAGAUCCAAGCGCGGUACGACGAUGUAAACGUUGCCGACGAGACGGCGGAGUUGCUCAGCAAAUUAGAGUACAACGAAAUAAUCAGCUUCAUGUCGAGCAGUAGCUUCAAUAAGUCGUGUUUGAAGGACUGCUUGCGGUUAGGAUUGGAGAUGAAUCGGAAAGAUGAUGAGUCGGAUAUUGCUAAGGCUAGCGUGGAUUGCGUGGUGAAGGAUGUUACUAGUAUUGUUAGCAGGAUCGGGCAAGCUCAACAGGUUUUCAGUACCCCAGUAUCGAAUCAACUGCACCCACUUUUCGAAAACGAAGAUUUCUCCAGUCUCCUACGCAGCAUAGCCCAAUGUAUUCCUCUGCUAUUAGACUGUUCCUGCGCCAAAUCUAAAAAAUUCACAAUCAACAAUUGGGAAGAGUUCUUGAUAUUCGGCGCGAUUUGCUUGGAAUACAUCAGUUACUUGCACAAAUCAAGAAAAACGAUCACAAAAGUACAUACUGUGGAUAUUUUUCUGUCAGCUGCUCACAGCAUAUUCAAGGAAAGCUUUGUAUGCGAUCUUCUAAGCGACGAAGGCAAAAAAUCGUGGUAUUGCUCGUCUGUGACAAGCAUCUACAACCUUGUAGAAAUCUUGUUGAGGAAUGACGUUCCAUUGCCAAGCAUACCAAACUAUCUAAAGGAACUAACACAGAGUACUGAUAACUCCACUCUAAUAGACUCAUGUCACAAUCUGUACACUCUAGUAACGUGGAUCUAUCAUCAGAAAGGAGUUAACAAAACGAAUAUUCCGGAGUUUCUGUUCGAGAAACUGAAAAGACUAGUGAUUAGUUUUUCUAGAGCGUCUUUAGGGAACUCGUACGUUUUGUUGCCGUCCACGGCUUGGAAAACGGGUUGGAGACCUGAAAAUGUCAAUUUGACCCAAGUUGGUGUUUUGCCUAUGGAAGUUUUGCAAGAAAUUGAUGUUUUAGAGGAGUUCAUAUUCAGAAUAACCUUGCUUGGCUGGACCUCCCGGCAGCAAUUUGAAGAAACGUGGAUGUGCCUGCUAAGCGUGUUGUGUAGACCAACAACUGAAGAGUUAGACUCCAUAGAAUUCAAUGAGGCAGCUCAUACUUCAGCGUUAGCUAUCAAAGCUAUCUCGUCACUGCUCCUACAAACCCUUACGUGUUCACAAGCAGGAAAUCCAAACGUUUUCAAAUGUGUUCACGUGUCCAGGAAUGAAGAGAUACCUAAUGAAAAUAUUUGUAUAAAAAAACUGAAAGUAGUCCAAGACUGUAUGCAGAGCAAGUGUGAAAAUUCAUGUGAUCUAUGCAAUAAAAAAUACACGCUGAACAUCUUCAAUCCAAGGAACUUCGAGAAAUUGAGCCACAAAUACGGUUAUGGUCAAGUAUCCGUAAAAUAUUUUUUAAUCGUCACUGGGAGCAAAGAUAGCGAAGAUUAUUGUAUAGCAAGUGAAGUGUAUAGAAGUAGAAAGAAAAUGCUGGAAGAGAGUGGGUUGGAUAUUAAUUCGUGUCUACAGUUUUUGAUCGAUUAUUUUACUCAAUUGAUGAAGCCGCAGGCAAAAACUCAUAUAAUGGUUCUACACGAAGCUAUUCGUUCAACAUUGAUCAUAUCGGAUCUAUUUAUGGACAAAGCUCAAUUUUCCUGGUUAUUAGACGUGUUUCUUGAAUUAUCCAAGUUGCACACUGUAGAAGAUGAGUUGCUCCAUCAGUAUUUAAUCACUGGGAUUUGUAAAGCUGUUGCCGUUUUGUCACCAGAAUUAGAAGUAUAUGAGCAAGUGAAGAAGAUGUUAACCUUGUACCUGAAAAGUCCCUACCUAUCGUCGAGGAUAGCAUCAUUGUACGGUCUUCUAUACAUUUUGGAAGGGUGCAAGUUAAGCAAUAUCACCAUAGGUGGCAUGUCAGAAGAAAUGCAAGUUAUCGUACCUUUGGCUGUGGAAUAUGUACAGUUUAAUUUAAAUGUUAACAACGUGUUGAAGAAAUCUCAGGAACAUUCCAGUUUAGUGUGGUCGUUAGCUUUCUACUUACUUGAAAAUGUAGAUGAAAGGAACCUAGACCAGAACUUUGUAGCAACUACGAUUUCAACGGCAUUCAGCAUUUUAGCUGGAUCCUCGGAUUUGUUACAUGUUGCUAUUAUUAAGGGCCUAGAACGACUUCUUGUGGUAAAAAGUACAAAUUAUUUAGAAAAAUUUGGAAAGCAGUAUUCGAAACUAGCUUUAGAAAUGAUGAAACACGAUAAUCCUUCCAUAGCUCUUUUAGGAACACAAUUAUUACUAUCAUAUAUGUAUACAGAUUGUACAAAUCAGCUGCAGAGUUCCCAAUCUCUGACAAAUGCUCAGGUAAAUCCCGACCAGUUAGUGCAGACAAUAGAAAAAAUGUCGUCGAUAUUCGAAAGGAUAAAGAAAGGUUACGUGUACGAAGUGGAAAUUCUGUGUUCUGUCCUUCCGAUCGUUCUAGAAGAUUUUUUUUCGCCUUCCGAUAUUCUCACGAAAGUUAUCGGAGAAUUUCUGUCUUCGCAGCAACCACACCCUAAGCUUCUCAGCAGGGUCGUUUUCCAGCUAUUCCAAAGUGCAAUUCUCAAGGACCAACUUCCUUUGCUUCAAGAUUGGGUGGUGUUUAGCCUAUCGAAUUUCACGCAGUCCUUCUCGAUCGGCAUGGCAACGUGGUGUCUCACUUGCUUCUUUCUCAGUGCCAGCGCGAACCCUUGGUUGAGAUCAUAUUUUCCUUACGUACAGACGAGGGUUGGCAGGCAGAAACCGAAACACCGGGGCACCACGGCUGCUUAAAGACACCUGAUAUGUAAGACAAUGUCGGAGCCAAGGCCGGUCACUGUGGAACACCCGCGUUGACUUUGUGGGUGUCAAUUACGACGGAUAUCUUGUGGUAUGAAUAUGAAGACAAAACGAUGCUCUGCAUAGCUGGCGCUGAUUUUUACAGGAACCUUAGCAGUGAGACACAACGGCAAACCUUUGUAGAUAACUUCCAGAAGGCAAAAGAUCAGCCUGACACACCUUAUAACGAUUUGUUGUUAUCUCUAUAGAUUUUAAUGUAUUGUUCUUGGAACCUAUAAGCAUUCUAGAAGCGAUACAUGUUUUAUAUAUGAACAAAAGAUGUAGAGAAUAUCGAAACGUCAGUAUUUUUGAUUUCUUGAAAAAGCUUAUUAUUGUCCAGAUUUAGUGUACGAUGACCAUAGUAAAAUGCACCAGUUGCAAAAAAAAAUCCAGCUUAUCUGUUAUUAGAAUCUUCACUACAGAGCUUUAAAACCAAAAAUUAAAAAUGCUAUAAAGUGCAGUGCUUCAUUGUUUCAUCUUGAAUGAAGUAUUUGUCUGUAACAUUACGUAAAUGCUUCUUGGAUGCUUAGAUUCCUUUAUGGAAUUUUUAACCUUGUUAACAUUUUCAUUGUAUAGAGUUUUCAAAGAAUAAUGUAAUAUAUUUGUAAAUAAUAAAUUAUUAAAA